AUGUCUACUCGACCGGACUCUGCGGCCACGCGACCGCGCUCGCGCCGUUCCCUUGCCCAUGUCCCGCGAUCUAAGAUGACGUCUGGUCUGGAUAAGGAGAAUGCGACGGCGGACAUUGGAGCAAUGGUACCCUCUGGGCCCAAUACAAGGCCUGCUGUUAAGGAUAAGAAGUCCCGAAGCAAGAGCUUAGGACCUGGAGGGCUCGAUGCGCUGCAACAUUCUAAUGGCAAUCGUCGCAAGUCCACCGCCUCGUUUCCUCUCAAAUCAAUUCUCAAACCUACAGUCCCCGUAUCACCAGUGCGGAACAUUCCAUCGUUCGAACAGACACGCCGGCGCACGCCUGCUCGCGACGCAUCAACUCAGCAGGCCGAUGCCGCCGGCAAUGAUCAAGGAAAGGAGGGGCUUCUGAUCGACUUUGGCACGCCAUCGCAGCCCGCUAAUACGGGAGACGGCAAUAUUGAUAACCCCUUUGACACGUUCAAUGCGACCUCUGCCAUUCGCGACGAGAUGGCUGCAACGAGAGAACGCGACGAGAAGGAGCGCCGGGAGCGCGAACGCCAGACCAUCCUGGAGAAGAGAGAAGCCCGGCGAAAAUCCAUGGCAAAUCGUCGUGUCUCAUUCGCGCCGGAAGCCACACUGCACACCUGGAACGUUGUCGAGAUACCCGAAGAUGCAACCUCGUCAUCUGCAUCGAAUUCCACUCGGCGCGCGUCAUCACUUACGAACCACCAGGACCAACAAUCCGCACCCAGCCCCGCAAAGGAUGAGCCUUCGUUGCCGGAUGACGCCGAGUCAGAUUUUGGAUUCUCUCCCGUUCGCGAGCAAGACCUCCAGCAAAUGCGGAAUCGCUCGGUAUCAAAUGGGACAGACGACAGCCAUGCAGACCUUUCUUCGAGUCCUUUCAGCGGAAGCUCGGUUGCAAGUGAAGAUACUGGUGCUCACAGCGUGGUUGAAGAGGAAGAGGAUGGCGGGUCUUCGGCAUCCGAGGAUGGGUUCGAUGCUGAGAGCACUGCCAUGAGCAUGGACGAUCUGACGGCCCGUUCUUCUGCCACCAUGCAGUCAGAUGUUUCCUCCAGCUCCAGCUCCAGUGCUAGACUCAACGACGCACUCCGCCAGGCCGCAAAGGAAGCUGGAACCCAAGCAAUUGACGAUACCGGUGAAAUUUCGAUGGAAAUAGCGGACCAAGAAAUCACUGGCGCAUUCAAGCCGUGGAUCCAAAAGGGCCAGAGACAAAGUUUCGACUGGGAUGACCUUAGUGCUCGCCAUGAUCAAGAAAAUGUUGAUCCCUCCAAGGCUGCCUCCACGCAGGACUUCCCCGCGUCGGAUGACAUGGAUGAAGAUGAGGAUCUGAGUAUGGAUGUGACGAAUGUUGUUGGCGGAAUCUUGGGAAGAGCAACUGGACGUCGCCAGAGCGCUGUCAGUCGCAAGUCCCUAGGCCAAGAAACCAACUACGGCGAUCAGAGCAUGGAAAUGACUGGCAUGGUUGGUGGUAUUGCAUCCAUGGAAUCUCCUGCUAAACCCUUUGACGAAAACAAUGAAGACGAAGAAAUGACUAUGGAGUUCACAUCAGUCGUUGGUGGUGUUCUGAACAAGGGCCAAUCACUCCAACAAGCUGACGACACCAACACGGAAGCACCAGGCUCCUAUACCCCCAAGUCGGAUCGUAUGUCCAUGGAUGGAGAUGAUGCCUCUGACGAGGGCAUGGAAAUGGAAAUCACUGGUGCCGUUGGUGGUAUUCUGCCAUCGGGAUUGGAGACUCCAGAUAAAGCUCAGGCCAAAAGGAUCAUGGAACUUGAGACUGAGUCCGGUCAGCUGGGAAGCUCACCGUUCCACGAGGAUGCCCAUCAACCUCCUUCCAAAUCUCCUGCAAAAUCACCUCUUGUGUUACAGGUCGCUACAGUUGCCUCGGAGAAUGGCAGCCCCAGCCUGGCGAGUGUUCAACCAAGACGCUCAUCACGACGUAGCUCCAUACUGGGAGCAUCACGAACCCCCGAAUUGGCCUCUCUCCAGCAGUCAGCAUUGGCAAAACCAACUACACCCUCGAAACAGCUAACACCUCAACCCCGACCUACAACGCCAAGCAAAACUCCCCCUUCUGCCAAUGUGACUUUCCGCAGUGCAUCUCCGAAGAAACUGUUCAAGCCCGAGAUCAAACAGUCAACUGAGAAACAGAAAUCGUCUCGUCCGAGCAUCUUUGAACAGGAUAUUUCAACUGGCCUGUCGACUCCUCGGAUUAUUCUUCAACCGCGUGAAGGACGUCGCUCUUCCGGUCUGGGAAUCGACAAGGAAGGACUUGGAUCGCCUCGUGUUGCGGCUCUUCUGGAUAAGCGAUUAUCACUGAGUGAAAACACACCACAAUUCGUUCCUCAAGAGCGGCCCCGUGUUGGUGGCGUACGCUUCGAAGACCCAUUGAAGAUGCAAGCAGAUGAGGAGAGAGAGCGCGAGGAGGAAGAGCUCAGGGAAGAUGGUCAUAUUCCUUUAGUCAACCCUGUGACUCUAGAUCCCACAUCGAGUUUGAAAAAUUUGAUCUCACGCAUGAGUCCGAAGAAGGGCAAGGUCGGCAAUCGCAAGAGCCUACAUGUUGGUGCUGCUCGUGGUAUCCUAGGCAAGCGCCCCGCUGAACUUGACUUGGAGGAAGAGGAGGCAGAAAACUCACCCAAGCGACUGCGUGGCCACACUGUGAGUCCAGUCAAGGGCGUGCGACUACCGGGUCCAAGCCAUGACAGCCGACCCAUUCGAUCUCCAGUUCGCAGAGCUCGCAGCUCUUCUCCCCUGAAGGGUAGCACAACCCCUACGCAAGAGCCAACGGGUCUUUCCAAUAAUGGAACAACGCCCUUGAAGAAGGGUAUUGAUGCCUUGCAUAUUGCUUCUGAUUCUCAGCAGCCGCAGGAGGAAGAGGCGGAGGCUGCUGUUGAGGAUCAAGCCGAGGAUGUUGAGCCUAUCCAACUUCAAGAUUUCCUUAACAUGACCAACAUUCACUUCAUGGAGCUUACGACAACGAAGAGACGACACACUACCGCGCCUGGGAGUGCUACCAGGAGGUUGAGCAGGGCUUCUUCGGAGAACGUGGUCAAACAAGGCGUGAUCACGUUUGACGACUGCGUAGCUGCUGGCUUCUGCACGGUGCCUAUGCUAGAGCUAUACCAACACUCUUGCCGUGAACUGAAGUCAUACAUCUCUGAAGGUCGACAAGUGAUUCGAUCCAUCGAAGCCGAAACAUACGCAGACAAUCCCCCUCUCUUCCGUGAAUAUGUGACCGCCCCACCAGACAUUCGGGUGAUCAUGGACAAUCAGUUCCGAAAUGUGAAGACCCAUGCACGCCUGCUCAGCAAGGCCACGUGGUACGAGUGGCGCAUGAAGCUUCUUGAGGGUCUGAAGGAAGGGCUCCACCGGCAUGUGGAGGAUAUGAAGGCGGAUGACGAACUGCUAUCUAAACGCGAGGAGAUCCUGGGGAGCACCGUGCCUCCAUUGGCAGAGAAGCACGCCUCUCUUCAGCAAGAGGCAGCCAACCUGCAGCAACUGGUUGAGGAGAUGGAGAGCUGUGAUCAGGAGGAGCUGCGAGGUGCACGUGAAAAGCUUUCCAGCGUUGAGGUUGAGGUCGAAGCCAAGAAACGAGAACUCGAGCAGUUGCAAGCGGAGGUGCAGGAGAAGGCUAACAUCAUUGAAGCCGGAAGGGAGCUACGAGAUGAGUACCUUGUACAAAUUCAGGAGGCGGAGCGGGUCAAGGAAGAGUGUCGUGGGUGGAGCGCUCGAGACAUUCGCGAGCUUAAGGCUUCCGUACAGAACAUCGAGGACCAGACUGGUUGGUCAAUUAUUUCUGCGUCAACUCCAGCCGAGUCGUCCACUGGCCCGAUAUUGACAAUGUCGUACCGGGGCCAGCUGCAAGUCAAAUUCCACCCCGCUGCAUUCGCAACAAAGAACUCGCCCGCUGAGAAGACCAACCUUUCUCUGGAAUUGUCUUCGAUCAAGGGCAAGGCGAUUUCUCUCAUCGCAUCUCUCGUCUUGCAAUCGUUGCAACGCCACCUUGCCACGAUCGAGCAAUCCCAGACUACCUCAAAGCAGCUCCUGCGCUUCAUCUCAAGUGCAUGGGACCGCACCAUCGGCCUUGAGAACGAGGCUCGUAUGCUCGAGUUCUGCGGUCUUACCCGUCUAACUCUCUCAGAUCCCAGUGAUGCUUCGCUCUCACUGCGUGCUCGCUGUACUCUUCUCGGCAAUGCAGCUGUAUCGUCCACACCUGGUCGUAAAGGUGCCGCGGCGAAGAACACUGGUGCAAAGCGUAUCGACGUUGACUUUACCGUCCGGACGCGCAUCGAUACCGAGGUCCAGGAGAUGAAGCAGAUCGGGUCUCUGGACUUUGACAUUGAUGUCAUCGCCACCAAAGUCUACGGCUUCGGUGCUGGUAACAAGUCGGGUCUCUCUGGCAAGGAGAUGCAGAGUAUUUUGGGCAAGGGGAUGGUCCGGGACGAUGGAAAGACUCUUGGAAAUGGUGUCUGGUGCAAGGCUGUGCAGAUGCUCACUGGGUCUGUAUUUUAA